AUGAGUGUGUGGGAGGAGCUUUGGGCCCGCUUCACGGAAGAGUUGAGAGCGCUCGAUCGAAGGGCCAGGCGAGAAAUGCAAGACGAGAGCCCUAGCUUUGACCGUCUUCGGUUUUUCGCCACAUCCCCUGGAGAAAAUGGCGAACCCUGGCUCCGGCUGCCUCAAACUUUCGACCUUCAGGCGCCAGGAGAGUACUUCCAAACGGAUAUUGUUCCUCGCCAACAGCGCAUGUUGGAUCGUGCUUGCUGGUCAAUGGCCCUCAAGAGACCGUCACCACUCACUGGCGGACGAGCUGGAGCUGAAGACAUUGGCGGACCAGACAAAGCGCAACCUUCCGCUCCCAACCCUAGGAACCCACGGGCUGGAGGCAAAGGGAGUGCCCCUGGCGCUAACACUGCCGCCAAGGAACCCGCCCCCCUCCUGGGAAAUGCUCUGACCAGCAAAGAGGCGGGCCGCUCCAUGGAUCACCGCCCGAAGGACAAAGACGGGAAGUAUCUGUGUUGGGAUUACUUUUCCCACCGCAAGUGCAACAAGGGAAAGGAUUGCCCGCAUUCGCACCACGGCAACGCACCACGCUGGGACACCCUCGAUUGGAGCGUGCAGAUGCAACUCUUGCGACGAGGCGGGCAUCCCGCCCGUCCGAAACUCAAAGGGGACCAGGUGGACGCCACCAUCGAAUCCAUCCGAAAGGAGCAAGCCCAGAAGCUCGAGUCCAACAUUCAGGAAGGCAAAAGAGCGAAAGAGAUGGCCAAGCGGACCGGGGGCCCUCCUCCUCAGGAUGCCUCGACCCAGUACCGGGAAGACACCCGAGCUGGCUGGACCCCAGCGCCCGCGGCGCUAGCCAAUUUUGCCGCCACUGAUAUGGAAGACCCCCUUGCUCGACUUAUGACAGGAGAAGCUGCUGCAAGUUGGACCCUCGACCACGCGCCCCCCGCUGUGCGCACGGUCACUUACCGGGAGUCACCCGAUUCAGCCGAGAUCCAAGCCAAGCGUCACUGCAUGGACGAGAUUGACAGCAGCGGCCUUCUCCCAGAUCUACCCCAGCCUCUGGGCACCUAUCUGCGCAACCGGCUAACAGCCGUAAACGACCGGGCUCCAACCGCUCACGAUGUUCAAGAAUUCCUCGAGGACGCUAUCCGAGAAGGCAGUGCCGAACUUGCUUCGGAAGCUACUGACUACCUCCAUAAUCACCCUGACACGCAUGUCGGGUCGCGAGAGGGCCGCGGAGCAUUGGGGCAAUUCUCAGUACACGGCUUCGACGGGUACUCCUGGGCGACCUUUCGCUGGAGAGACGGUGACCAUGCAGUCUAUGACUACGGCGACCAGCUUGCGCCCGUGCAUCCUGAGCUACAACCUCUGCAAUGUCCCAAACCAGAAACGGAGCCCCGGCAGUGCUUCUACCUGCAUGUGGCGGCUGGCCUUCUGGCCCAUACCGCGAAUCGUGUGCCCGCUCUCUCUGAGGUCCGCCUCAAAGCGGCAGCCUUACAGGAGGAAACUUUCCGCCUGGCUCUGGCUUGCGCGGAAAAUUUGGGCCCGGAACCUGACAUUUGCACUCAAGCUGAAGAAGACUUGCGCAUCUUCGUGCACGACGCUCUCUUCUUCGGCCACGACAAGGAUUACCGGUGUUUGGCAGCCUUUCCCCCGGCAGAGGCCGCGGAAGUCUCGUUCUGUCUCGUCCGCAUGGACGCUUGGAACCGCAUCUCUUGCGAAGUCAUCCAGGGGGCCCACAGUCGUUCCGACCCGAAGUCUCUUAUCUGGCUCCUGGUCCACCAGGGCCACAUGCGGCUACUCCUCCCGGAAAUCGCGACCUCUAUCCCGGACAACGUGCGGAUUGUCACUGCCGCUGGCUGGGAAGUCCACCUGGAAGCGGCCGCCGAGCACGGGGCGCGUCAUCGCGCCCGUGCCCCAAAACCAUGCCCGCGUUGCCAAGACGACCCCAUGCGUCGUACCGGCGUCACCACCGGGGUGUUCGGCUUGUACCCUUUUCCAGCUGAGACGGCGGCUUUAGCUUCCCGAGCAGGAGCAUCUCGGUGGGAAGUCGACGAGCCCCCCUUCGAACAGUGGACCCGCGAGGACCUGCAGGAGCUCUUCCCUGGCCAACGGCUCCCUGAGCCCGGCCAACCGCUCCAUUUUCUGGGUGUAUACGUUGACGCCCUCGGUUGGGACAACGCCCCGGAUGUGCCGGUUGGCGCCGCCCUUUUUGUCGGUCCGGCCACUAGCCGCAGCUUCUGCAAUGGCCGCGUGCGCUCUCUUCUUCGCGCAGCUCUCACUCUCUUGCGCCCUCGCCACGUUUGGGUCCUCCUGCCCCGCACGGGCCUCGGCAGCUGGCCUGAGCCUUCCGCCAGCGCCUUGGAGCCUUCUGCCCACCAACACCUGCAGUUUACGCUUGAGCUUGGUCAGCACCAGUUGAACCUGCCCGGGCACUUCACACUCGUUCACCCGUUGACCAGCCCCGUCUGGAAAGAUCCCGCGGCCAUCCAGCUCUUUUCGACAUUUCACCGGGUUCGCCUUCCAGCUUCGCCCAUUGACCCUGUGGCUGCGGCGUUUUGUGGGCCGUCCCCGGCCGCCUACUUGUGCCUGAAAACUACCUCUUCGGCGCUGGCUAUCGCCGCUGGGUCGUCCUCAUCCGAGCUGCCGCAUUCCUCUCCCCUCGCCUCCGUUCUUUUCGACGGCGCUGAGGCGUGUUUCGCGCCCGGCGCCGGCCUCCGACGGGCGGGGGGCCCCCUGGCGCCGCCGCUAGACCCGGCGGUUGAGCGGGCGACAAAGGAAUAUCUGGAUUUCUUCCGAAACCGAGCUUUCUCCGCUGCACAUUUCGCGUCUGCUGCUCAGAAAGGAUCGGCUCUUCUGGCAGCAGCCGGUGGAUGGCAGGAAGCCCUCAGGGCUAUCCGCAGGGUUUGGGUGCAAGAACGAGGCGAUCACAUGUCUGGUCUGCACAGUGACUUCUUUGAAGGGCUGGUUCACCCGGCAGUUUUAGAAAGGGCGAGGCAUGUAGCUAUCUGGGGAGUCGAGGCGUCUGCUGACUUAGAGGAGACUACUCGGACCAAGAGUGCGCCUCACCCGAGCUUGAAAGAACACCUCGACGAAGCUGCUGCGCAACUCUGGGACGACGCCAGUAAAGGCCGUUCCCUGCUCUGCUUCGACACCGGCAAGGGCUUGGAAGGGGUUGUAUCAGUCCCAAUGGCCAGGGUCCCCAAGAUGAACCCAGACCGCACGGUCUCUGAUAAGGGUAGGGUCAUCUGGGAUGCCACGCCGGUGAACAGGUAUUGUCACAAGUCUCGGCACCCGCCUGCGCUCCAACCCCGGCACCAGGAGGUCGCCAGAGCGAUACUGUGGUGGAAGCUUCGGUACCCUAGGAUCCGAAUCCUGCUCAGCAAAAAGGACGUAUCAGAAGCCUUCAAGUGGAUCCCAGUUCGGCUUGAGGACUCCAAGCUUUUCGCUGCUGAUCUUCCAGCCGAAUACAGCAAUACUCAGGAAGGUAUCACCAUAGUCUAUGGGUUUUUGACCUUUGGCUGGUGCGGUGCGCCCGGAGAAUACAUGCACUACGCUUGGGUCAUUAAACUGGCUCACGAAGCCUUCGCGCCCGAAAACUCCAGGUGGGAGGAUACAGUCCCAUACCAUUCCUUCGUCCUCAUGGACGACACGGUGCUGAUCGAACCCGAGAUUGGGCUGAGACCGGAAACCUCGGUGGCACUGACGGAGCAUCUGACUCGUGCUGUUCUUGGGGAUGCCAGCAUUAACGAAGGAAAGGAUUGGCUUGAGGGACGGUUGGAAACUCGCAAACUUAUUUGGGGGCUCAUUUACGAUACCCAAACCAACACCCGAAGUCUGCCAAGUGCCAAGCUGGAAAAGGCGUAUCACCUCCUGCACCUGCCUGACUUUGACAGUGGGUGCACUCAUGUCCCGCUGCGCCUCAUCCAAGAGUUGAGAGGCAACCAGCAGUUUUGGCUGGCGGUGCUCCCGGGCCUGAGCCCGUACUUGGGCUGUACGAAUGACCUCCUCGGCCCUGCGGACCCGCAGGGCCUGGCUCGAGCCAAAGGGGAUGAGAAACAACAAAGAGAGACUUGGAACCGAUUUUGGGAAGCCAUUGAGCUUCAACGCUUGUUGGUGGACGUCAGCGCCUCUUGGGAGGUCCGGUUCACUCACCCUCUCAAUGCGGCCCUCUCGGUUUCGGAAUUGCUCUCCUUCCCAGGGAUGCAAUCCCAGGUGAUUUGGGCCUGUGGAGAUGCCACUCCAGAAAGGGUGGCGGCAGUUGACUGGCACGGAAAGGUAGCAAUUGUCGAGCCCGCGAGCCUUGUUUGGCAACGAAUCCGCCACUUUUGCGGAGGGGAAGAGGGGACGGACGAGGGGCAGUCGGGACCGGACUCCGAGGAUCGAACCGAUCCCGAUGACGGUCUUCUGAUCUCACUCGCCGAGCUCCUCGCCGUGGUGUCACUCGCCUGCACCCGCUGGACUGCUUGGAGGGGAAAGAUCGUGAUCUACGCGGGGGACAACCAGAAUGUUAUCUCCUGGCUUGAGAAAAGGCAGGCUGGGCCCCCUGCGGCGAGGUUCCUGCUGCAGCUGCUCGCAGCUUUGGAAACUGUCGGAGGGUUCAGGCUGCAUGCGAGCUAUGUUCGGACCUACCACAAUCAGGUUGCCGACAGCCUCACGCGUGCCGAAGCACAAAGCAUUCUGGAGGAACAUGAGCUCCGUAAGGUCCCGUUCUCGGAGGUGCUCUUGGGGACUCUCGACAAAGGUUGGACUCGGAGGGCCCUCCUUUGGGAUGGAAUGGACCAUGGAGAUAAGGCUGCAGCCCUACAGUUGGGGCUCCGAAGGCAUCCAGAGGGUCCGAAUAAGCACCCCUUUCCGCUGAAAGAAGGUCUAGUAUGCGCUGAGAUUGGGGAGGCCGGCCCCUAUGAAAUCGAGCUUGUCUCCAAGGGGCUUAUCGUCCAGAGACACACCCUGGAAGAGGCAAGCCGCCGAGAAUGUGCCCCGGAGCGGUAUAUGUGUGCCUUUUCCACCCAGGCGGCAGAGGCGAGGUGGCUACGGCUGCUCGCUUCGCCGAACUUGCUGCGAGGUGGGAGCCGGAAGGAGUCUGGGUCGACUCCAUCACCUCUCAUGGCCCCAGAGCAGCCGCAAGGAUCAAUGCUGGUGGAAGCGAUGGAUACUGAUAGCGGUUCCCGCAGAAAAGCGCCUGCCUCCAGCACCUUGUCUCACGCUCGACGCGGAACCCGCUACGACACCCCCUCCACUGAACUUGCCUUGGGAAGGCUCAUGGGUACCCCCCGCAGCCUGGCUCUAGUAGCGGGCCGUUGGGCGAGUGCUCUGGGGACGGACCGGGGCGCCAGCGGUUGUUGCUUUGAGCCCGAGCAGUCCAGCGCUGCUGAGGCGAAGGUUGAAAGUCCGGAGGCGGACGAAACUCCCGAGGCUUGCUUCGAGCCCGGGAACGCAGAUUCUGAAAGAGUCGGAAUUUGUUCGCUCCCGUGGGAAGAUAAGGCGCGAGCGGCGCUCAUGGCUUGGCUCCAAAGCAGAGGUUGGGAGGCGGAGCGAAGGACCGGAGGCACCAAACGCCGUAAGAAAAAGGAAGAGGACUGGAACAUCCAGUUCUCGAAAGCCCUCGCCUCCUGCCUCAGACACGAGGCAGGAAGUGCCGAGUGCCACAUCACGGAGGAUGGAUGGGUCACGAUGGACCACCUGAGAGGGUACCCCCGUGCGAAGCUCCGAUGGCCGGAAAGGUACAUCACUGAGGAGGCGAUUCGGGCCGAAGUGGAAGGCAACUUGAAACAGCGCUUCGUGGUGCGAACGGAUGAGAGCACCGGAAGGAGCUGUGUUGCAGCCUGGUCCGGGCACACCAUACCCGGGGUCGCCGGGCCAGGAGUGUUGGUCAAACCCUCCGAGGUCCCUGCCCUGCUCGUGCAUGGCUCGUACCACAGGCAUACGGCCAGCAUUGUGCAGAAUGGGCUGUCAGCAAGCCGCAGAAUGAUUCACUUGGUUGACCCAGAACGGGCAUCAAACAAGUGGAGGGCCGACCUGGAGACGAGAGUGCCCGUCGACACACGGAAGGCCCAAGAGGCCGGAGUCUCCUUCAGAGUGACGGGUAAUGACGUCUGGCUGGCCGAUGCUGACAUCCCGCCUGAAGCCUUGGGAAAGGUCGUCGCAUGGACUACUGACGAUUUUUGGUUCGCUUCGGAAAGCACUCGCGCCCGAGCCCGACCCGAGCAGGCGUCGCCAGUGCCCUUCCACAAGACAGGCACCGCGGGAGCUGCAGGCUCUGGCUCAAGGCUCCCCGCCUGGCCAUCCGGCAGCCUCAAGCAGGAACAGGACCUGAAGGAGGGCCUUGCUCAGACCGCGACAGGCUUGGCGUCUGCUGUUGCCGGGCUGAAGGUGGAAGAGGGAGAAAAGGAGGUCCAGGUGGACCCACGAACCCUGGAACCAACCGUCGUCACUCUCUCCGAGGCGGAUUGGAACGUAUCGGAAGAGAGUGACAUGGGCCCGGAUGAGCCCUCAGCUCCUGCGACCCGAACAGUGAAGAAAGAAAGCGACCAAGGAUCAGCCGAGGCAGAAAUCAAGCUCGACCCCGGCACGACUGAGCGAGAAGAAAGGCAAGGAGUUGCCGAGGCGCGUCCCGCGCCCGGUACCACCUCUGCCGGAUCGAGCUGGAAACCCACGCUGGUGAAGAAGCCUCAGGACCCAGGACCCGGUGAAGGAUGCCCCAAACCAGGGCGUCUCGAACCCAAACAUGAGGAGGGCGCGGAACCCGAGGGCCUCACCCUGGAACGGGUCAAACCUCCGCCCGCAGAGGAGUCAGAGGAGGACUCGCCCAUCGGGCUCCCCGCAAGGUAUCGGCCGGUCGGAAGAGUAGAGCCCGGGCAACCCCAGGAGGCCCUCGCUGAGGCCGAUACUGCCAACUGGGAGAACCUCCAGAGUGCCCUGAAGGAAGCGGAAGGGUCGGGAGGCGAGAAGGCAGCACUGGUUGAAGACCUGGAACGCCUCACCCAGCAGCGAAAGGAAGCCGCCGAAGGAAUCAAGGAAGCCCUUGAAGCAGAGACGCAGAGGGUUCGCCAAUGUGAAGAAGAAGACUCCCGGUAUCUGGAAACUCUGGAUAGCCAGGGUGAGUAUAUGAGAAAGCUUGAACGAUUCAACCCGGCUCGACCCUCCAAGACCGCCAAGGUCCUUAGUUCGGACCGUCUCACUUCGGAGAUUGAAGCAGGAGUCAGCGUCUGGGUGGCGCGCCGCCGAGAAAAGGCGCGUUUGCGGGCCCAGGCUCACAGGGAAGGACUUCAGAGAGGCGCAACCUCGGAAGGAAACACCAAGCACGAACCAAUCGAAACCCCCGAGGGAGCCGAAGAAGCACGUCAACAGGCGGCUCGGAGGGAGAUAGCCGAGUUUCGGGAACAUCUGAGGGAACAAGGCGGUGGGGCGGUACCCAAAUACCGUAGGGCACCUGACUCCCGCCAACGAAAAGCCACGAAGAAGAGGAACCGAGCUGCAAAGGAAGCUGAAACUCGGGCCGCGGCAAAGGGAGCCUUGUCGCCCACGCGCAAUGAUGAUGCAGAACGUGACACCAACCACGCGAUCGCGCAUUUCCAUGGGCAAGAGCACGCCCAUGCUGUGGUUCUCGCCGGGGCUAGGUUGCCCCCGUUUUUAGUUUCCGAGGGGACAGUUCUGCUCGGCCUCGUUCUCCUCACCGGAGUUCUUUUAGGCCUUGCCUGGGGAUCCUGCCGACGCAGCCUUGCCCACAGUCCCGUACGGACUGACCCAUUGGCUUCCUCGUCAAGGGGCAACCUUCCCAGAGCUCCCCACCAGCAGGAAGCUGCGACUGGCAGGCGCACUCAAACCAGUAGCGCCGCGGAGGCCCGCCGUCGCGGCAGUCGAGGCUCGACUUCGAGCCCGGCACCGGACAAUCUUCGGCGAAGGAGCCCGCACCCGUCCCAAAGGGGUCUUGACCGCCGCAGAGCAAACUGGCACAAAGAAGGUUGCUCCCGCACGGGUGCUUCUACCCUUUGGCUUGAAGCUUGCAAAGACUGCGUGAGCAUCUCUGAGGUCGACGACUACCAGGGGAGCGUGGAGGCCACCUGGAGCGGGGCCCGCUGGCACAAACCGCAGUGCGGGCAUACCCGAGGAAGGAAUGUGGUGCAAUUCGCCCCUUGCCCAGAGUGUGCAAGAGUUGCCGCCCCGUCCCAGUCCCGCGGCUCGAUCAGAGGCCCAAGGCGCAACAACGAUGCUGAAAGGGACACGAAUCAUGCCAUCGCGCACUGGUUCCUCCUGGCGAUAGCGCUGGGCCUGUACCUGGCCGGUGUCUGCUGGCACUGGGGUGAACCUUGCGGGGGCCCACAAGAAGGACAGGAAAAGACCCGUGUGGGGGGUCCGAGGGGCCGCAAGGUUCGAUUCGAACCCUACCACGAGACCCUCGCGGCAGCCGGGUCUCCCACCAGUCAAGCCACGGGUAAGAAACAGAGUAUUGAGAAGCCGAGGCGGCUAGGUAGCCCUCAGGCUGCGAGGGCAGCGCAGGGGGCGACUGGACCCAUGCUGGGCCUACGCUUGAAGUGCAAAGAAGAUUAUCACGAGGAAGCCAUUCGUGUCGCCCUUGACCGCCUCGCCAUCUCUACCCGGCGGACUUAUGAAUCUCAACUUAAGUGGUGGAGGCUUUUUUGCGCUCGUAGAGGAGUCAGUUGGAUUCUCACUGGCCCCUCCAGCAAUAAGACGGAAGAAACACUCCUCAUCGACUUUCUCCUGCAUUGUGCCUGCAAUGAAGGGCGCGCACCGGGAACGCUGAAGCUUCGGCUGGCCGCAGUGCGCAGCGUCCACCUUUCACUCGGCAUGGAAGAUCCCUUGGAAGGCCGAGGAAGAGUUGCCAUGGCACUGGCAGGCCUACGAAGGCGUUACAAGGUUCCUGAAAGGAGGGCACCAGUGACCCCCAGGAUGCUCAACUAUCUACAUGAUCGCCUCCGUGGCUCGUCUUCGAGCCCGGAGUCUGUGCUCCUGUGGGCCGGGAUCUGCCUUGGGUUCUUCUUUCUGUUGAGGGCCUCUGAAUUCCUUCCCCUUGGUUACCUUCCUCUUUCGAGACACCUGAAGGGCCACCAGGUACUGCUGUACUCUCAUGGCAAACUGUGCACUAUCAGCAACCUGGUAGAGGCCGAUGAAGUUCGGGUCAAGCUCGUCGGCAGCAAGACCAAGUACAACUUGGAAACAAAUCGCAAUCACUACCGAACUGAAAACCAAGUUUGCCCAGUAGAAUCGGUUGUCCGGCUGUUCCAGAAAUUCCCAGAGAGAUAUCUGGGCGGUUGCGAAGCUACAGAGCCUCUCUUUAGGACUCCCUCGGGAGAGGGAGUCCAAAGGGAGGCGAUCCAGAUGCUGCUGAGAGAAGCCGCUUGCCAAUGUGGUGUGGGUGGAACGAUUGGUUCGCACUCAUUACGUUUUGGUGGUGCAAGCGCGCUAUGGACGGCAUUUAAAGACGCAUCUGUGGUGAGAAGGCCUGAGGCGCGUUUCGCGCCCGGGCAGUCGCCCUUGCAUCUGCCGAAAUGA